AUGACGCCCGGACUUGAAUCGCAUGUGAUCGCGGGGCAUGCAGCUGAUGCCCUCGCAAGCUUGACCGCUUCCCAAGUCGCCUUCUUGAAAUCCGUCCCGAAAGCAGAGCUGCAUGCACAUCUGAAUGGCUCUAUUCCUCUUCCAACUCUCCAGGAGCUCGCUCAUCAAUACAUCCUCGAGCAUGAUCCACAAACGGACGGCCAUUCUCCCGAGCUGGACACACUACGCGCAUCUGUCGAGGGCCUCCUACAAGGCGUCGAACUGAACGAAAUCCAUGAAUUUUUUGGGCUCUUCCCGGCAAUAUAUACUCUGACUUCAACGCCGGCCGCCCUCGCUACUGCUGCUCGCGCCGUUCUGCAAUACUUCUUGUCAUCUGAUGACGGCUACCCAUCGGCUGCAUAUCUAGAGCUUCGUACCACGCCCCGGGAAUCAUCUUCCAUGAAUCGUCUGCAGUAUCUUGAGUCAGUCUUGGGCGAGAUUGAGCAGUAUCCCGAAGACAAAGCUGCAUUGAUUGUCAGUUUGGAUCGGCGCAUGAGCGCGGAUGUCGCUGCAGAGUGCAUAAAUUGUGCCAUACAGCUGAAGCGGAGCGGUAGAAGAAUAGUUGGCGUUGAUCUCUGCGGCGAUCCAAAGGCAGGAAACAUGGAAGAGUUUGCAGUGCAUUUCCGACGAGCUAAAGAAGCCGGUUUAGGCAUAACUCUCCACAUUGCGGAGAUCGAGGAGAGCCCUGCCUCGGAAAUCCUUCAACUCUUGUCAUUCCAGCCUGACAGGCUGGGGCAUGCUACUUUUCUUGACUCAAAUGCGAAAGAUAUCGUUAAGAGAAACAAAUCUUGCAUCGAGAUUUGUCUCUCAUCCAACCUGCUGUGCAAAACCGUGCAAACUUUAGACGUCCAUCACAUCCGCUACUAUCUUGAACAUGACCACCCCAUUGCCAUCUGCGUUGAGUGUCUCCCUUAUUUUAUAUCGACGGGCUUAUCUUAUUCAAUAAACCUGCAGACUGACGACAUUUUACCUUUCCGCAACUCUCUUCUCGCCGAAUAUGCUAUGUUGAUGGCAGCCCCACCUCUCGGGCUUGGACUGACCGAAGAAGAAAUAGAAGAAAUCGCAAAGAUGGGCAUGGAGUGCCGGUUUAGACUGGGUGCGAGGAUGCAUAAGUAG